UGCGUGGUAGGUAAUUAAAAAUGGCGUUUGCAUGCUUCUUGCUAAAACUAUAGAAGUUUUUCUUCUUUUUUCCUGAUUCUUUGGGCAAUUUUCUUAAUUUUAGAGUCAGAAAUGAAGCGAAGAAGAACACGCACGCCUUCAGAUGCAGGUAGUCCUUCGCAGGAGAAGAAAGUGGUGAAAUCUCCUCCAACCACUUCGAAAUCUGCCUCUUCUUCUGCAACUUCAGUUAAAGAUGGUCCUUCUAAAUCUUCAGAUGUCCAACAUGCUGCAAACCUCGAGGAUGUAGAAGUGGAGAAAAGAAGUGCCGCUGCUGAUGUUGCUGCGUUUGAGAGAGGAACUGAGGAAAUAAGAAAGCUUGUGGCCGAAAUUCAGAGGGAAAAACUUAUGGAUGCUGACACAACUGAGUCCAGGAUUAGGUGCACUCUGCUGUUUACAAUCUUGAAAAAGCUCAACCGACUUGCUCACAUGCGAUGCAAGAAAGCCAGAGAAAGAACUCAAGAGGCCAAGCAAAAAGUGGAUAGUCUUCACUUGCAAUUACAGAACCUUCUUUACGAAGUGAUGCAUUUGAAAAAGGAAAUUACAAAAUGUCUUGAGUUCAAGUCAAAGGAUGAAGAAGUAGAACUUGUGCCAGAAACUGAAUUUUUCAGGGACGCUCCUAAAGAAAUAUCCAAACCUGAUGUCACUAAGGGAGAUUCUCAUCAGCUGAUGUUAGCAAGACUUGAUUGGGAACUAGAACAAAGGAAAAGGCUGGCUGCACAAAAGGAACAAUUUCUUGAGAAAAAAGAAACACUCAUGAAAGAGAUUCACACAAAGAAAGAAUUCUUAGAUAGUUUACAACCAAGACUAGAAAAUAUUUUGAAGGCUACUCAACCUGUUCAAGAGUACAUGAACAUGCCAUUAGAUGCUCGACGGGUACAGCAUGAAACUGCCCGAUAUCUUCCACAGCCUCUGUAUAUCCUGUAUGUCCAGGCUUCAGCGUACAAUGAGGCAUGCGAUCCUCAUUUGGAAGUCAAGAUUCUGGGGGACUUGGAUAUUGCUAAGGCUGCCAUGGAGUCGAAAUCUGCUGUAACAGAUAUUGACAGUGAUUCAGAUCAGGAAAACACUGAGGGACACAAAAGGUCAAAACAUAGGCGAAAAAAGGAAGAAGCUCGGUUGGAGGAGAAAAGAAAAUUGCUGCUCAAGAAACAUCCACUUCAAAUCCUGUUACAAGUGAAAUGUAAAGACAAAGCAACAGUUGAUUUGUUGUUUUCCUUUCUGCCAACGUUCAACACCGUUGUGGUAUCGCCAUCAUUGUCUUUAAAUGAAGCAGUACCAGGACCAGUGUUAGCAAACAGUGCCCUUCUCUCUCCUGAGUCAUUGUUAACCAAUCUGUUUCCUGAUGACGACGGUGGCAAGGCACCAAACCCAUCCAGUCUCUAUCAACUUGCUAAAGUUGGAAUUACCACUUUUGAGGAUUUUGUCAAGCUAGUGGGCAAGCCAUAUAUGUGGGCUCAAAGGAUCGGUGGACUGGACUUUUUACCUGAGGAAUCACAUGAAGUUGUGCCCAAGUCAUCAGUAAGUCUGUCUCACAUGGAGGCAACAAUCAAAGCCGUCAGAGCAAGAAUCUUGGCCAGGCUUGCUCUCCAACAACAACUGACCUCUUUAGAGGCGCUGACGAUUCCAGUAAACAAGAAUUCUCUUCAAAUGUUCCCGAGCAAGUUAUCAGCAAAGCUGUCCUCGUGGCAACCAGCCACGUUCGAAGAAUUUGUGGAAAAAGCGGAGUUGAAAAGUCUUAUUGACGAAGGAUUCAUUCAAGAAAGUGACAUGCUCUUUCAUGCGGUGUUUGAGAGAAAUAAAAUGCGUCUCAAGGCAUCAGUGGUCUUGUCUCAGGAAUAUCCGACAACGCCGCCAUUAUUCUCAAUUGAAAUAACUUGCGGACAAACUGUGAUAAGGGACAGCUUUACCAAGGCGAUAGAAGCAGAAGUGAAUGUUUUCUACCCGGAACUCACAGCACGUGACUCAUCUUUAAAUCUCUUAGUCAAUCAGCUUCGCCGUCUACAGAUGUGUUUUGAUGUUUAUUUGGAGUGUGGUAGUCUGAAUGAUGUGGAUGGCGCUGAAAAAUUCGAUCGCGAAAAGUUCUUUCUUCGCGUUAAAAAGGGUCGGGAUCGAGGCUUACCUUUGAAGUAUGACUCAAACCAAGGACUGUUUACUCAAAGAUAGCGACACCUUAUGAGUCUGAAUGCCAGAGGCCUUUUUCGCGCACUU